UCUUCAUGGUGGGCUCAUAAGUGUGCUGUAUGUUAUCUAAUGUUAUAUUUUCUUUACUCUGAAUCUCUUUCAGGAAAGUUAUCAGAAAGCACAUGCUUUAACUGCACUGCGCUGCGGUUGGCCACAAACAGCAGUUGUGGUGUUCUUGGGGGCGGUGUCUGGCCUCAUGCAGCAUCUGUCCUGUACCUUGACAAUUCCUCAGCACUUCAGCGCCGCUUGUCCGGAUCACCUCGUCUGUACUGUGCCAUCUUAGUACCUGACCCUGCCCUGCCUAUCAACACCCACUCCACGAACCCCAGUACGCUAACCUGGCCACAGAACACCCAAGUCCGAUGGCUACAUACUACAGGCCGUCUCCAUGAUGAUUCGAAGGUAGAACGUUCUUUACGUUCACUGAAGGAUCGGAAUAUAAAGCUUGAGGAGGGUGGACCAGUGUACAGCCCGACGGUAGAUGCCGAGCCUGUGAGACGGACAAUACGUCAACGUGUGAUUGAUGAGGUGAAGCAUUACUAUCACGGGUUCCGCCUACUAUGGAUGGAUACGACUAUUACGGUACGGAUGCUGUGGAGGGUGCUGAAUGGACACAUUCUGUCACGCCGAGAGAGGAGACAGUUCCUGAGGACGUGUGCAGAUGUCUUCCGGCUUCUGCCCUUUCUGGUCUUUAUCAUCGUUCCAUUUAUGGAGUUUCUGCUUCCUGUUGCACUGAAACUUUUCCCUAACAUGUUGCCGUCCACCUUUGAGACACAGUCCAAAAAGGAGGAAAGACUAAAGAAGGAGCUGAGAGUGAAGUUAGAGAUGGCCAAGUUCUUGCAGGACACAAUUGAGGAGAUUGCACUAAGAAACAAAGCAGCCAAAGGCAACGUUACCGAGGAGUUCUCCACUUUCUUUCAGAAGAUCCGUGACUCGGGAGAAAGACCCAGUAAUGAGCAGAUCAUACGUUUCUCUAAGCUGUUUGAAGAUGAACUGACUUUAGAUAACCUGACACGGCCGCAGCUGGUGGCUCUGUGCAAGCUUCUGGAGCUGCAGUCCAUCGGCACCAACAAUUUCUUGCGCUUUCAGCUCAUCAUGAAACUCAGAGCCAUCCGUGCAGACGACAAGCUGAUAGCAGAGGAAGGAGUGGACAGUCUGAAUGUGAAUGAGCUGCAGGCAGCGUGUCGUGUGAGAGGGAUGAGAGCUCUGGGGGUGACGGAGGAGAGACUCAGAGAGCAGCUUAAACAGUGGUUGGAGCUUCACCUCAAUCAGCACAUCCCCACAUCUCUGCUGCUGCUGUCCCGAGCUAUGUUCCUGCCAGACACGCUGUCCCCUGCGGACCAGCUUAAAACCACACUACAGAACCUGCCAGAGAUUGUGACUAAAGAGGCGCAGGUGAAGGUGGCAGAGCUGGACUUCUCUAAAGUGGAUAACAAAACCAAGCUGGAGGCCACGCUGCAGGAAGAGGCAGCUAUCCAGCAGGAAAACAGAGAGCGGGAGCUGGAGAGACUGGCGGAUGCUGCAGAGAAAGAAAAGGAGCAGGCCGCACGGGAGGCUGAGGUGAUGGAGAUGGAAGCAGAACGACGGGUGGAUGCAGAGCAUGCUCUCUCCAGUGUAGACGUGGCCAUCCAUUCAGAAACACUACGAGAUACUGCACCAGUGCUAGAGGGCAUUAAGGGGGAGGAGAUCACGAAGGAAGAGAUUGACAUGCUGAGUGACGCCUGCACCAAACUGAAGGAGCAGAAGAAUCUCCUCACCAAAGAGAAAGAGGAGCUGGAGGACCUGAAGGAUGACGUGCAGGAGUACAGUGAGGACCUAGAGGAGAUCAAGCGAGAGCUGUCCAGAACAGGACAGGAGAAAGUGGUGGAGGAGUCUAAAGCAAGCCAACUUCUGUCGAAGCGGGUCAACCGCAUGAUUAGCAGAAUGGAUAAGAUCAUCACUGAGCUGGAGAAGGACAAGAUUGUUCUAGAUGGACAGAUGGACAGUGAGACCACACCGCCAAUUGGAUUGUUCUUUGAGAAACAUAGUGACUUGCCAAGGGAGAACCUGAUAAGCAUCAACGAGCUCAUUGGAGUCAUGAAGCAGAUCCAGAACAUCCCUGAACACAAGCUGCUCAGCAUCGCAGAAGCACUCGAUGAAAACAAAGAUGGCAAGAUAGACAUUGAUGACGUCUUAAAGGUGGUAGAGCUGAUCGAUAAGGAGGACAUCGAUAUCUCCACCAACCAGGUGGCAGAGAUCAUGGUGAUGCUGCAGAAGGAGGAGAAGCUGUUGGAGAAAGAGAAAGCCAAAGAGAAGGUUGAGAAGGAGCAGGCAGCUAAAAUCCAAAACUAGACUUUCCAUGUAGAGAAUGGAAAAGAUCCUGAAGCUUUUGAAGAUUUUCAGGUUCAUUAAUAUGUGUUAAGAAGCUUCAGAGCGAGACUGAAAACAGUGCUGACGUCCCAUAUUGAUUCGUGUGUGUGUAUAUUUAGAACAAAGAACAAACUUUGCUUUGUUCAAGGAAGACCGUUGUAUAAUUAAUGAAUUAAGAUGUUUAUUUAUUAAUAACAUUAAAAAAGUGAUGCACUACGGAGCCCUACACAUGACAUACAGAAAACAAUAGAAAUUAAGGCCACGAAUUAAAAAUGUGUUCCUUUGAUUUAGGGAAGUAAUCCCCAAGUUUAACUAAAUUAGAAGGAAGGAGAUAAAUAGUACAAUUUAACUAAGUAAGAACGAAUUAAGAUGUGUGAACGAUUUCUUAAUUCAUGGCCAUCCUAUCGUUUAUUAGUCAUGUGUGAGGCACCGAAAGAAAAUGUGUUAAUUUAUUCUCAAAAAAGACCCUCUUAAAGGUGAAAUGUGUCAUUUCUGGCACAAAACGGACUGUUUGUUUGAGCUGUUUUGUUGAGCUGGUCAUUACAACAUCAGCGACCAAUAACAUGAGUUUGGGGUGGAGCUAUCUUUGUGUAACAGAAAUGGCGCACUUCAGCUGUAAGAUGCAAAAACUUACCAACUUUUUUCUCAUGAUUUAACACCCUGGCGGUGAUGUAAUUUCCUGUGAUCUGAGGACCUCUCCUCUCUUUGCACAUCACAUCACCUGUCACCAUCAUUCCACUACUCGUCCAGUUUUAUUCUGUUGCAGUUUUAUUUUUCAGUUAAAUCUUUGAGAUUCUUGAAUUUAACUCAGAAGAUGUUGAUAUCACUCUCAAGUUUUUUCAAUAACCAAAGAAGCUGUGUUGCAGAUCUUCUGCUUCAUUCAUACAUGUACGAUCCACCAAGCACUGCGGCUUUGUAGCUUCUGCACGGACUUGAAGAUGGUGGCUGAGACUAAUUUGAUUUAUUUCGCUCCUACCUUGAAUUGAUUUCAGCAUCACAUUUACAUUGUGGCCUUCAGUAAUUGAAAUCCCUUGUCCAAAGUAAACUCAAGGGAUUAACUUGAGAUAAUAUAGCUGUAUAUCAUUGCUAGUAUUUGCAUUGUUUACUAGCAGGAAAUAUCCGUCUCUGUUAGCUAGCUUGGGCUAAUGAUAGAUGAAGUGUGUUUGUGGAUGUCUGUAUGUGCUGGGAACCUAAAAGGGAAAAGAUGGAGCUCAGUGCAGACAGAAUCCGGGUACAGCUCAGCCUACAGUCUUUAUGUGACCUGGAUCAUCCCUCUCUCCUUACAUGGAGAUAGUGGCAGCAGUUCGUCUCGUAACAGAGUACCUACAGUAACUGGAAUGUGUCCAUCAGCAUGAGACUCGCACACUAGGCUAGCAUAGUUUCACAGGGCACAUAAGGCAGGAAAUACAUCAUCUGAACCCUAAACAUGUCAUAGUGAGGGACCAGCAUGUCUAACCUCAAAACGCUGACCGAGAGUCUGGGUGCCUAUUUCACAUUGUGUCCCUUAAAAGAAUAGUUCACCCAGAAAUUAAAGAUUUUCUUUUUUUUUUUUUUUUUUAUGUAGAACACAAAAUUAUAUGUUUAACAGAAUGUUCAUGCUGCUCUUUUCCAUUCAAGAGAAAAUAAGUCAUAAAUGUUUAUAACCACAUGAGGGUGGGUAAAUGUUGACAGAAUUUUCAUUUCUGGGUGAGUUGUCGGUAACUUACCUAUAGGGGUCUCCAAGUACAGUAAUGGCAUUUAAGCCUUCAAAUAUUUUCAUGAAUUAGUAUUAAUUUACCGUUUGCUAGAAAAAGUCCAUGAAUGUCCAAGUAUUUUAUGCUGACGUGUAAUUGCACUAUAAUUAUUGAGAGCUUUAUUUUUUGGCGUGUUGAUCUAGACUCAGAAAGAUGCAUGUAAUGUCUGAUUGCACACCGAGAGAUAUUUUGAGGAAACGUACACUUGAAUUUUUUAAGUGGUAGAGGGGACGAAGUGAGAAUAUUGUGGAAAAGUAUAAAGAUACCUUGCUUAUUUGUGUUUUGUUUAGCAAUUUUAAAAAGAGUUUUCAGAUUCAUUCAUAACAGAUGGUGCAUGUGCACAUAUAAGUGAGCACAGCUGGAAGAGAGUAAAUCUAUUGAUGUAAUUGCCCUUGGAACCUCAUUUUCUGCUUAAGCUAAUUGAAAUGUAUUUGAUUUAUUAUAUAUUUUCCCCUUUUAAGGCCAGUACAUUUAGUCUUUCAAGGUUUUUUUUUUUCUUUGACCGUCCUGCAUUUUAGAAGGUUCAAAGCCUAAAUACUGUUAUGCUAAUUAACUAAAUCAUUUGUGAAAAUGAGAGUGCUAUGUGCAAAAAAAAAGGAUAAAAAAAGAAUUUUAUUUUAUUGUUCAUACUACCUAUGUAAAUAUACUAUUUACAUACAAGUGGGUACAAAGUCAAAUAAAAUGAACUGAUCUUUAAGUUGAAUAU